AUGGCGGCGGCGGCGCUUUGCUGCUGGCCGGGGGUGCUUUUAUGGCGGCUGCCGGGAGCGGGCAAGGCCGUCCGAGCCCUCAACGGCCGCCUUCCGCGGCCGUUGAGGGCCCGGACGGCCUUGCCCGCGCCCGGCAGCCGCUUUCUGUCCCGCUCGACGCAGCCGGGCUCGCAAAAGAAGCUCGUGUCGUGGCGCUCUCUCGCCGUCACCUUCGUGCUGUGCGGUGGGAUGUUGGCGGGCAUGAAGGCGGUGAAGCGGAGGAAGGAGGAGGAGCUGGAGAAGGAGCGAAACCGAGGCAUUGGGAAACCACUGCUAGGGGGACCCUUCUCACUUGUCAACCACAAGGGACAGCCCAGGACCAGCAAGGAUUACAUCGGGCAAUGGGUGCUGAUCUACUUCGGCUUCACGCACUGCCCCGACAUCUGUCCUGAUGAACUGGAGAAGAUGAUUGAAGUGGUAGAUGAAAUUGAUAGAAUUCCAUCUUUGCCUAAUCUGACCCCACUCUUCAUCACCAUUGACCCUGAGAGGGACACUGAAGAAGCCAUUGCCAGAUACGUUAAAGAGUUUUCUCCAAAACUGAUUGGAUUGACUGGUACCAAAGCACAGAUUGACCAAGUGGCCAAAGCUUACCGUGUGUAUUACAGCGAAGGUCCCAAAGAUGAAGACGACGAUUACAUAGUGGAUCACACGAUAAUAAUGUACCUCCUCGGGCCAGAUGGUGACUUUGUGGACUAUUAUGGCCAGAAUAAGAGAAGCACCGAGAUUUCUGCUUCUAUUGCUGCACACAUGAGAAAAUAUAAAUCCUAAACCACAAGGUCUUCAAAGAUAGAUGUGAACAUCACCUGCAGGCGUGGCUGUACCCGGGCAGUGGAGUUAAAGCAGAAGCCAUACAAGUUUAACAUCUGGUCACCACGCGCCUUCUUCUUUCUAAACAAGAGCGAUAUUUCUGCAAAAUGUCAUUGUCAGAAUUCUCCAUUGAGCCUUCCCUGUUGAUAUUUUUUUGCAGGAAGAUCUAAGAUACUGAAUGAAAUUUGGGACUUCUCUGAAAUAUUACUUUUCGUUUGGGAAGAUGAUAUGUAUUGCUGGUAAAAUUAAUUGGUAUUGCUUGGCAGGACAUCAGUGAAGGACAGUAACUGCAGAGGGGUACUGGGUGAAAAGACGUGUAGGCUGUGGCGUUCUCUUUUUUUUUUUUUCUUGCACUGAUUUGCCUUCAGGGAGAGACAUUUACAAUAUUUACUUAAAUAUUAUACUUGGGAGAGCCUUAAGAGUACUUUUAUUGAGGUUAAGAAGGUGAAGAGCACUGAAAGCAUGAGCAGCUUCCAUGCAUGGGACCAGCCUUGUGGUGUGCCUGAUCUCUUCAUUGAAAUGCAGAAAUGAAAUGUUUUUUUUUCUUGCUGAAUUUUCCAGGUGAACGCGCUUAAUUUAUAAGGAAUUGAGUAAUCAGUUGCAAGUAGAUUUUAAUUCUGGUCUGAGUGAUUUUAUCCAUAGUUGGCCUGAUUGCACUACGCUGAGCAGUGAAGUAGGGAGGCUGAAGGGGGUCUGUGUCCGUGAGCAGGGUGGUCAGUCGGAUCAAUUCUAUGCAGUGCAGCAUUUGAAAAUAAAGAUAUAAGUGGUAUAUAUGUUUUUUUUCCCCUUACUUUUGGGUAGAGUAUCAUCAGGAGUUUUAUACUGGUCGAGCUUCAUAUCCUUGCUCAGUUUUAUCUCUUUUGAAAGUAGCGUUUAUCCAGAGUUGUGAACCACAAGCUGUGUUUGCCUUCUGAAAGUGGCUGGGCCCCAGGGGAUGGCUCGCAGGAGCCAAACCAGGGAAGUCCUGGGUGUGUUCCCAGAGUGUUUCAAACUGAACACCAGUACUCUGCUGGUAGCACUGUCUUUCUUCUGGGUGUGGAGGGCUUAGAAGAGAAAGUUCCUCUCUGAAGAAAGGUGCACCCUUUAUGGUAAAUUUCCAUCUUUCCAACAUCCUGAAAACCAGUAAACUUAAACUGUUCCAGAGCUGUUACAAAACACAAGGCAGCGUAGAUCCGCUUUGCCCACCCUGUGCUACUGUGAGCUCCUUAGGUCAUCAGGAAGGCUGCUGUGGUGCCCAAGACUGUGUUCUUCUGACAGAGAUCUGUUAAGGAAGGAUAAUUCCUGCAGUUCCAUGAUAUGGUUUUGUUUCCUCUCAAAUCCUGGAUUGUUAGAAGGGAUGGUUUUUUUUUUGCAUUUUAAAAGACCAGCAAGACUUUUUCUGUAUCAGUUUACUGUGGGAGUUUUAAGAAAUGUCUUGGUAGAAUCAAACUCAGCAGCUGACAAGGAAGUUGUUUUUUUUUUUUUUUCCCCUCCUUGUGCUCGCUGGCUUGAUUGCAGGAGGCAAGAGGAGUGGCUUCCAAAGGAAACAUUACGCUUUUAAGUCUUCUAUGGAUUAGAGACGGUGUCAAAUCCAAGGUGCCGUCAAUAGGAGUGUCAGUGAUAAGUGGCGCUCUGACAAUAAUGAUAGUUUUUACUGAAUGUUUUUCUUCUGAACUUAGUAAAACCUAUGGAGAAAGCAAACCUUCAUCUUGGCUGAUGUCUCUUGAGAGGGUAUGGAAGCCAGCCUGAUCAUCAGCCCACAGUCAUCGGGGCAAAAUCCAAAUCAGGUUUUAAGUUUUCCGUGUCACAUGGGUACUGCCAGUGUGAAAAUACUGUGUGCCUGCCACGAUAGUCAAAAGGACUCAGUCCAAAUCCAGUUUUGAUCUUGAGGAGAAUUGGCUGGGAUCAAAUGGCCUGUGACAUGGGAAUUUAUCUGCCCCCAAGCUCCGAAAUCACGUGCGCUGCAGCUGACAAGCUCGCUUGUGCCCAAAAGAAGCAAGCGCAGCAGAGAGAAUGUGGUUCCCUGGCCCAAUCCAGCCACUGUCUCAUCCUUUGUGUCCACUUCAAAGAAACUUGUGACCGGGAGCUGCUUGUCAGCCCUCCUCUCUGCUUGUGUGAAGGUUGAGCUGUGCCCCAGCACAGGGCUAGACGCUUUGAGAGCGCAUCUCCU